CCACGUCCGUGUAACUAGCUGGGUAUCUGAAGGAUGCUUGCUUCUUCGACCAUUGGGCCGGGCGAUCUCGCGUUAUCUUUCUUUGUUACACCUGCACAGUCGACAUACUGGGUUGCUAUGCUUUGUUCUGCAGCAGAUGAGUGUGGCACGAUCAAACGCGACAGGGAUGCCGUGCAGGCGCCAGAGGGUGAUUCCGCCGCGAUUUAGGCAUGACUUCAUCAAAAAAGAAACAGGCGGCUCGUUGGAUGGAUUCACCCGCUCUGUGUUCCCCGGGCAUGUUUCCCUGCUGGUGCUCGCUACCGACGGCUGAUAGCGGCACCUCCUAAGGACCACGUUUGCAUGCACACAAAGCAAAGGUUUGAUGAUGUUGGGCGCAUGCGAGGUCCUUGGGCACAGCUGACAAGCCGGGACGGCGGGAGGAAAGCGACGGUGCCGUCUUGGACGGGCCUUGGGGCACUCGCCCUCGCCUCGCCCAGGACGGCUGUUUUGACACCGUCGUCUGGCCUCGGUGCUUCGUGCGCGGGACGACUCUUGGUGAUCCCCGGCCCCUGCCCCCCUGCCAGUCGCCGUUUGGGCAGACUCAAGGGCGGGCCUCAGCUCCCUUCUCGAAGCAUCGUCGGGACAGGAGUCAGGACGCUCGUAGCACAGACUCACCGCAUCCUCAGACAGGUGCGCCCUGCAGCCAAUGGCGCCUCCACGUUGCGACCGCACCGCGACAUGUCGACGCCGCAGCGCCAGUGCGGUGAGAUUGGCAGUGCUGGCGGGUGUUGUCGAGCCCAACGCACUGGUAACAGAUCUGCCGGGGGCCGUCACCAACUGUCGCUAGCUCCUUUUCCGCGUGCUCCUCGUCCCGCGAGUGAAUGUCUAGCCUGCUUGCGGAAACGCACAAGACCUCCUGGCCUGCUUGGGACGCGACGUCGCCAGGCGACAAUCUCCACCCGAGCUAGGGGUCUUCCAUGUGUACUCAAGCCUCCGCCCAGCUGCCCCAACGCCCUGGGACACUUAUUAAAGCGGGCUCCGCCGCCAUGGUGGUGCCGUCUGAUUCACCCUACGCCGCCUGUUGCAGUAGACAAGGCUGACCAUCCGUUUGUCGUCCUGCAUUUGCAUUCCACACGCCCCGUCACCACCGCUACCAGCACCCGCACCUUCCGCUGCUGAGCAUCUGGCUUGCUCAUUCCUGCUCCUGCACCCUCGCCUGCGUCAUUCCGGCUGCUUCACGCAACCAAGGAAGGAACCAAGGGGGAUCAUCACCACCCCGUCCACCUAUCACCAUCGCCGGCUUGGCACACGACCUCGUUGCACCGCCUGCAUCGCCAUAUCAGACCACGUCCUCGUUACGCACUGGAAACACCGUCUCCCCACCUUGUCAUCGGUGCCCCGUGC